AUUGGAUUGAAGCGGCCGUACCCGGCUAGUAUGGAGGAGUGCAAGAAAAGGUCACAAGGCACUAAAGUUUCGAAAAUCGCUAAUAUUUUUCAAGGGAUGCCGUCAAGAGACGAUGAAGAUAUGCGUGGAAGUGAUGUGACAGUGGUGCGAACCGAAAGCCAUCUGGCUAGGUUUAACAAUGCAAGAGCUUUGUUCGAAAAAUUAGGUGAAGAAAACCGUAGUUUUCGUAUUGAAAAGUCGCCGUCUGCGGCAGCCAGUUUUGCCGGUACGCGUGGAGUGCUCCCGGUGAUCCCCGCGCGAUCUCGGUCUAGUUCAGCGGGUUCUGUAAGCCCAACGCGAAACAAUGCUACAGCAGCAUGUCCUAUGGCACCGGCUGUUAACGGUGACAGACUAUCCAAUGGUGCUAUGCAACAACCACCACCUAAACCAGCUAAACCUAGUGUUCUUCCUAAGCCAGAAAAACCGGAUAGACGUUUUAAUAAAGAGCUUAUAGAAAAACAGAGAAACUGGACCGCUCACUUUAAUAAAUCCCGACCGUCUAAAUAUGAUCCAGAACAGAGAUCUGAUUAUAAAUCAUCAUCUGGGUACCAAGAUAGAAAGUCUCCAGAUGGGGCUGAUAGACAUGUAGUCCCCUCAAGAGUUUACUCACCACCGCUAUCCCCGGGAGCUGGUGAUUCACACGUGGAACGCCCAAAUACUCUUCCUGCUUCUUUAGUUAAUCGAGGUAUACAUGUUGCGAAAUCUCCUAGUCCUGUAAAAAUCAUCGCUCCAGUGUUACCUUCGCCUAGAACUAAUAAUACUAUACCUCCCACCGCUAGAUCCGAAAUCCUUACGUCCCCUAAAGUUAAACGCGAUAGUUCAAAUUCGCCUAUUAGUCAACAACAACCAAGUCCUCCGAAAGUAGAACCAAUAGAAAGGCUACAUGCAAAAAAAGCAUCGGUAUCUCCUGAAGUAGAGAAAGGAAAUAUCGAGGAUAAUAUAUUAGAAGACAUUAUCGAUCAAUCUGGCUUAUUGCCCUCUUCGACAGAAACAGAUUGCACUUCCCCUAUACAAACUUAUACGUUACAAGAAAGCUAUGACGUUGAUAAAAGUUCAAUAUAUUACAAAGCUCCGCCGUCACCUCCGGCUCGGCUACCAAAAUCACCACCACCUUUACUCGAUGAAGAAGACUUAAUAAUAGACACUGGCGCCAUUACAAAAUUAAUGCCAGAUGAAAUAGAGUCUAUACAGAGUAUGACAAAAGAAGACGAUAGCAAUUACAACAUUGAUCAUGCAGUAAUUUUAAAGUCGUCUUCGUCUUCGUCAAUCCCUUCUCUCCAACGUGACACCACUAAAGAUAAUAGUAUUCUUGAAUUAGAAUCUUCUGCUAUGCAAACACCUGAUGUUUGUCAUAUUGUGCUGAGGUCUCCAACGAACAGCCAGGAGGAAGAUGGCUAUGAAACAAUACUUUAUAGUGGUGAUUGGGAUGAAAAAAGUAAACGAAGAUCUUCGACGCCCGAGGUGUCUCCUGGCGCAGCUCAGGCUGAGGAUACUCCACAGUCUCCACUCAUUUCACCACUGGCGUCUCCGGUUCACAGUCUGCCCUACUCAUCGUCCCCGGCUCUUGCUUCGCCUUCGCCUUCGCAAGUGGGCGGCGGCCGCAAAUCAUCGGAGAGCGAGGAGGUGACCAGCCGAGCGCGGUCGCGGGCUUCCAGCGUGUCUGAUGAGGGUGGCUUCAACGAGCCCUCCCCUGAAGUGGUGGCGCGACUGCGACCGGCCGAUUACCGCGAACCGCCCGCCCUCACUCAGGACAUACGUGACGCCGAGCGAGCCCGGUCCGAUCCCGACACUCUAUCUGUACUUCAGCAGGACUCAGGUGUAGUAGUAAGCGAGGCGAGUCAGGGCUCCAUAGAGGUGCUCGAUAAAUCGACCACCAGCCAAUGGAGCGUCUCGGAGGAGGCUCCGGGGGAGGCGCGCGGGGAGGCGGGGGCCACUGAGGAAGAAGAUGCGGAUGCCAAGCAGCCCGACAGCAUGACUCCCGACGAGGCAGAGAUACUGUUGAGCUCCAGUAUUCUGGAGAAAAAACUUAGGCAAGAAGCUCUGCUGUCGGACGAGCAAGCGCAAGAGAUAGUGGCAAUGCUGUCGCCCCACACGUUGCCGCACGACAACGGCGUGUCGCUCAACGACAGCUACCAGUCUGUGCUCUCUUACGAGAGCAUGCAGUCAGUGGACGAGAGCUACGAGUUCGUUUCUUUGGAAGCGGAUGCGGGCAUGGGCGCCGGGGAUGCGCGUGCGCAGUCCACCCUGGAGUCCGAGUCGGCGCCAGAGCCCGAGCCGGUGUCCGAGGCGCAACCGGAGCCGGCCACGGUGUUCGAUCACUACCCCCCAAUGUCGCUGCGGGAACUCGCCGAGGAGAACGGCAUUCACUACUUCGAGGAUGGACAUUUCUAUACAGAGGUCGCCGGACUUCCACCGGUCGAAGAAGACGAGGAUGACGACUAUUACCCACCAGUAUUUGUUAAGAGAAAUACCAAAGUGAAGUUCAGUACGGAUCCCAUGCGCGUAUUUUCAACGCAUUCGGUGCGAGAAUACGAUCGGCGCAACGAAGAUGUUGAUCCAGUGGCCGCCUCCGCUGAGUACGAAUUAGAGAAGCGCGUAGAAAAAAUGCAUGUAUUCCCCGUGGAUCUUAUCAAGGGCGCAGACGGAUUGGGCCUUUCUAUUAUAGGAAUGGGCGUAGGAGCGGAUGCAGGGUUAGAAAAACUGGGAAUUUUUGUGAAAACUAUCACCGAAAGCGGAGCAGCCGCGCGGGAUGGUAGAAUACAGGUUAACGACCAGAUCAUCGAAGUCGACGGAAAAAGUUUGGUUGGCGUUACGCAAGCCUACGCAGCGUCAGUUUUACGAAAUACGUCGGGCCCCGUGAAGUUCCUAAUCGGGCGUGAAAAGGAUCCUGAUAAUAGCGAAGUAGCUCAUCUAAUUCGACAGUCACUUGCAGCCGAUAAAGAGAGAGAAGAAAGGGCAACUCGCGAACGUCAACGACGCCAACAGACCGAGGAGGAAGCCAGCCCGCCCGCAACAGACGCCAGACAUCCCGACAUCGCCGAAUUACGUGCACUUCUCAACGAAUUGGUGGGUAUGGAGUCAGGCGGCGGCAGUGGUGCGGAGAUAAGUGCGCGCGUUCGGGAGUGGUGUGCAGCGAGAGCGCCCAGCGAACAUUUGAGACGUGCGUUGGCGGCCGCUGCGGAUACAGCGCACCGAGCUCACCGAAAGUAUGACAAGGCGAGGCGUGCUCUACGCGAAUGGCGUCGUACGCGCGCGAUGGUGCGUGCGCGCGAGGAGUGGUGGAGCAGUGCGCUGAGAGAGGCGCAUCGCGAGUACGCCACCGCACUGUCCGCACUGCACGACCGGGUGGCCAGACUCGAGGUGCUGUUGUUGGAAACUCAAAAGAAAGCUGGUUUGCCUGUUAUGUUACCUCACGAACCUUCCGCCCGGCGAGAGACACCUCCACUGCCGCGGCGACCUGAUCCAGAUCCACUACUUAUCAAUGAUCCUUGGAGUUCAGACAGCGACCUCUCGGACCUGUCCCCUAUAGAAGACGAGUACGCUAAAGUGGACAAGUCAGAUAAGAAGCCCCGUGAAGCGCCCGAUAUAGGCGACGUCACCGUUGUUACUACCACUGCCAGUGACGACAAAACCAUUAACGUCAGCACCAAGGUGCCUGCACGUUGCACUGGUUAUAACAUCAGACAGGGAUGCAGGAAUAUACAGGGUGUCUUGUUGAGAUGGGUCACUAUGGACAGUUCUGUGACGUCAUACGCCAACGCCACCGCGACGUAUGCCACGGUGAGCACGUCGAAUUCGUACAGUGACGUCACCACUGCAACUACGUACGUCAACGUGACAUCGUCAUCGGCGUCAACCGCUGCUCCUACAUCUAAUUCCAUUAGCCACGUGACUGUGACAACGAUAGCCCCAGCCGUUGUAACUGACACUUUAAGCGGGGCAAGCACCACGGGCGUUUCAGUCGCAAGUGUCACGCCUAUCACUCAGAGCGUGACGAGCGGUGUAGUAGCAGGGACAGGGCCGAGUAGUGAAGGCGUGACGUCACGCGAACUGGACGCAGCGGUACCGCGAAGCGCUUUACUGGACACGUCUGCACAUCGCGCGCGCACCGAUCUCGCACGUCAUAGACACCACGCGCCGCUCUCUCAUUCCACACACUCGCCGCAUUCGCUCAGUAAUGCCAGUUCCUAUGACGGACUAGACGACUCUUACAACGACUCCGCAGACGAAUCGCUAAGUGAAUCAACGUCAGGUGCACCACAUUCCACUCACCACACGCGGGACACCCGACAAAGUUGCGGUAGCUCGGUAGGCAGUGCCACCGAUGACGCGGUAUAUUCUCGAGAUCACAGACAUCAUCCGCUCUCAGGUCCGCCAGCGUCGUUGGCCGAACAACUGAAGCAGGUGCUUGCGGAGCGCGAGCGUCGCCUCGCAUCCGGCUCGUCCCCCCACCCGGACCCCGUGCAGCUCACCAACGACCUCGUCGACGAGAUCCGCCAGGCCGUCAGCGAGGCUAAUGCAAGAGUGAAGAAAGCUCCGGCUUGUGUAGUCGGCGGCGAGGUGCCGUGGCAGCCGCUGUCGGCCGCCGCGUCUGAGGCGAGCCUGUCGCCGCCACCGAUGCCGCUACCUGCGUUGCCGUUGCCACAGCCGCCCAGCCUCUGGACCAAGCAGCAGGUAUGGCAAUGGAUUUCCGGUCUCGGCGAGGGGCUCGAACGUCACGCAGGCGCGUUUGCGACGCGCGGCGUUGACGGCACAUUGUUACUGACCCUCAGUUCCUCCGACCUCAAGUUGCUCGGCCUGGCGGGCGACGACCGUAGAAGGAUGAAACGACGCCUAAAGGAGCUCCGAUCCGCGCACGAGAAACACCUCAAAGCGAUGAAAAAGGCCGAGAAAAAGGCUAAGAAAAAGUAACAUCUGCCAAAUUAAAAUAUAACUAACAUUCUCGAGUAGGGCUGCCAUAAAUGCCGCGUGGACUUUAUUGCGAUUGGUCGUGAUUUUGUGUCGGGUUAUACAGCGUUCACGCCAUUUUGAACGUGUUUUGGAACAAAGUUUGCAGAGUUCUCAAAAUUUAAUUUGAGGCGUUCUGACGUUCAUGUGAACACUUCAUUUAUAGUAAUCACUCAUCGCUGGACACAUUUCGGUACCUCUACACGCGGUGUUAUAAGUUGUGUGUUUGAAAACUUUGUGUAACAAUGAUCACGAGAUUUAGUAAAUAAUGGUAAAUAAUAAUAUAUUAAACUUACAUAAAUAAGAACUUUAUUGAUUGUAAAAUGGCUGUAUAUCAGUAUAGGACUGGUAUGAAUAUCAAAUCUGCCGUGCUAAUGAAAGGGGUUUUUUUUUUCUAAAACAAAAUUUCAGACUUGUCCUGUAUCUUUAAAAGGAUCUCUAACUACGAUUCUCAUUCGUUUCUGUCGGAACCCGGCAACGAAAGUCAGAUAAACAAGCAGAACAAGUCUGAAACACUUUUUAGUAAUAGUCAGAAAAGAGCAUUUUCUUUAGCACGAAAGACAUUUAUACUACACGAUAAUAACGUAAAACGACGUCGAUAGCAACCAUUCUAAAAACCUCUAAUCUAAAUUGACAGGUUUAAAGAACAAGACUAGUGUCAUUGUAAAAUGCUUUCGGUGUAUCAAAAUAGCAUUAUUUUUAGACCUGUUAAUUUUGUUUAGUCCAAGAUUUGUGUAAAAUUGGUAUCGAUAGCUACACAAAAAAUGUAGUUAGUACCUUACUAAUUAAAAUACCUUGUUACGAUGUUCGUUUAUCGUUUAGUUGAGCAAUCUUAUAAUGCACUCCCGCCAAAGAGAGUCACAGUUCACAUCAAUCGACAAUUCAACCGUAACAAUUUGUAUGUUCAUUUAGUCUUUAAGUAUUUUAUUCUUUCCUAUUUAUGCAUUUCUUGCCUUAUUUAUUAGCGUCUUACGUUCAUGUGGCAGCUUUUUAUUCUUCAUUUUUAUAUUUUUACGACUCUGUAUGUGAUUGGUGUGAACUGUAUUCAACUCAAUCUGUAUUAUUAUUUUAAAACAAAUGAUAAUUGAAUAUGAUGCGUCAUAAGUAUAUAAAAGUUGCGUGUAUUCUUUCAGUGCGUACACGCGAAAGAAGUGAAACUUCUUUGGUUUGUUUUCAUAGGCUCAUAUAUGUGUUGGGAUAUUUUAAAAAUAUACCUCGAGACUGCCCCAGCAUUUCACUAAACAUGUUUCUGGUCGUAUUUGUACAUAAAAAUCUAUUAUGCACAAACAAUUUUCCUUCAAACGAAAUACUCGCUACCGCGUCUAGAGAAGUUUCACUUCAAACUUGGUGUGCAAAUGAAAUGAGCUGUUUUUUAAAUAGUAAAAAUUUACUGUGUUAGGGAUAAUUAGUUGUAGUACGAGUAUCGCGUCAUUAUAUCGUUCGCCACAUAAAUUACCGUCGCAUCAACGUAUCUGGCGUUCGAUGAUUAUUGCCGUGGACGCUAACAUAAACUAUCGACACACGCUUGCCGAACAACUGCAAACGUUCACAGUUACAGGGCUCUCCUAAGUUUUUCAACGCCUAGCAGCUUUCAGAUCGAGAGAAGGGUUUUGUUCUCUCACCGUAAGCAACUUUGCGACAAAUGUUUCCAAGCCAUUCCCACGUUUACUGAAUCCUUCAGAUAUUUGUUAGAUGCCGUUAAAUUAUCAUUUUUUUAUAUUUAGAUUAAAUCGGGAUUAGUUAUAUCUACGCCUAUUAUAUUUGAAACAUCGAAAUAAACGUAAUACGGAUGUUUGAGAGCCAAACUCCUGUCGAGGGUUGAACUUGCUAUUGCACAGCAAGCGUGUGGCGGUACCUUAAUAAUUUACGGUUAAUACUUACAUCCUAAUAUAAUAAUAUAUGGUACAUAAAUGACUGAUCCAUGAUUAGUCAUAGCGGUAGAGUACAGCCGCUUAUAGCAUAGAGUGCCAUCUGAUUUGUAGCUUUUAGAGGGUAGAGCUGCUUCGAACGAGGAAACGAAUCGUAUUGAUCGAAAAGUAGGCUAAAUAUAAGUUAACGUGAAAUAGAACGACCCGAUUAAUAUAUAUAGCGCUACCAAAGUGACAUAAAUACGACUAAUAUAUUAUUUUCAAUGGUGAAAUUCUUCGUUGUUCCUACAUUUUAUAUUAAAUGUCUAUACUUCUCACUGAGUUGGAUGCGAGUUUAUGGAUUGUCUGAUAAUACUGGCUCAAUCUAGUCAUAAGAUGAAUUUGUAAGCUGUUUGGAACCUUAUGAAAUACCACUAUAGCAUUUUUUCUCGGAAUUUUCAAGUUUUUAGGAUAAAUUGUAACUUUGAAGUGUAAUAAUUUAGGAUCUAUGUAUUGGAUAAACGAUUACAUUGCGAUAGUUAUCUUAGGUCAAUAUUCGAAAAAUACAAAUUGAUUUUGGUAACGGCAUUUAUUUAUAAAUUGUAUUGCACAAAAUGUACUUAGACAGGUGACGGAAUAUUUGUAUGAGUCACCGAUUUUUUAGUGUAAUUGCAACAUAAUAUUAUUGUAUCAAAAGCAUUCAUCCAAUCAAUAUGACGUGAUCUCAUCAUGAAAUAAAUCUGCAUGUUUUUCAUCCACUAUUAGGAUGCGUUCAAAUUAGCGGCCAUGUGCCACGCGAAAGAUUGGCAGUAUUCAGUGCUAAAUCUUGUACACAAACAAAUCUCUAAACUAAAAAGAUUAGAAAUUUCCUAUUCUAAAGGGAGCUUGAAAAGGGUAACACUACAUUUAGGUCUAUCAUGAAUUAAUCUAGAUUUUGGUGACAAAAGAAUUUCUGCCUUUUUCCAAAUGACAGUUAGUAAUUACACUUAAAUGAUUCCCACCAACCCCCAUCGCCCAGUCAGCCGCGCUUUUGCAGCGAUGCAGUCGCACGCCACAAGACAGCUAAAUUAAACGCAUUCAUCCAUUCAGUAUUUGCUAGAAAAACUCCUUUCUCCUCAGUUCCUGUGUUAAAAAUCUACAAUUUUUAUAUUACAUUCCAAUAACUUUCUCUCAAUAUAGUUAUUUCUGUGUGUGAUUUGAAUUAUUUAGAAGAGCUUUAUAGUUUUCUUAGGCAACUUUCUAGGGUUUAUCUAAGUGUUAAUCGGUAUUCAUUGAGCGUGUUUGGUUCUGUAGUGACGUUUACCGUGUAAAUAUAGUCUCAAGUGAACUGACUGGAGACUUACCGUAUGUUUGUUGUGUUCGUAUGAUUGAUGUUCAUCAUUUAGAUUAUUUAUUUCAAUUAAGAUUUAACGAUUAAUAUAAGUAGGACUCCAUUAACGAUUGCCAAAAUUGAUGAGUACUUUUUUAUCUUUGUUGACUUUUUUUUUUUACUCCCCCUUAAAUUAUUUUAAUAUUUAUUUUGGGACCAAAUUAAUUUAUUAUAAUCCUACAACUUAUUGUUUGUGUAUUUGGGUGUGUUCAGAAAAAGAAUUUUAUUUAUAAAUAAAUAAAGAAACCAAAGUCUA